AUGUCCAGCACCAGGUCCACGUCCAAGUCCAUGUUUGUAUCCAGCUGCAGGUCCAGAUCCAUGUCCAGCACCAGGUCCAUGUCCAAGUCCAUGUUCGUAUCCAGCUGCAGGUCCAGGUCCAUGUCCAGGUCCAUGUCCAGUUCCAGGUCCAGAUCCAUGUCCAGCACCAGGUUCAAGUCCAUAACCAGGUCCAUGUCCAAGUUCAUGUUCACGUCCAGCUCCAGGUCCAGAUCCAUGUCCAGCACCAAGUCCAUGUUUAUGUCCAGGUCCAGGUCUGAGAUGCGUCUAUUAUUUUUUCUCAAAGCCUUAAUUUCAUCUGCUGGAUUGUUUUGUCGUCUGCUCACCCAAGUCCAAGUCAUGAUUAAAUACAUUUCUAAACUCUUAAGGCUGAUUGCUGUGUUGAAACAGAAUCAACAACAUCUGCGUGAAAAGGUCUCAGAAAUACCAUUUAUCUGGUAAUUCACAUAAAGAUAAACAGAACGGACUUAGUACCGUCAUUAACGAACAUGUUGUUUUUCAGACUGGUGUUGCUGUAAACUGGUCUUCUCAUCAGUAACUGGCCUGAUUGGGAGGUGUGACAUCAGGCAGGCCUUAAGAUCAUCUGCCUGCUUCCCCCCAUCCCAUCCCUCACCUUUUCUUUUGUACCUGACAGUGGAGCUACAUUUCCAGCCUACCCUACACACACACUCGGAGACCCUGCAGAUGUCUGAAGCGGGCGCUUGCCAGCAGCCCAGAUGCAUUUGCGACUCUUUGCCAUUGUGAUGUCCUUCCUAUGUGAGGUGAUCAGGAUGGGGUCCAGUGUGGUGCAGAGGCAGAACGUUCACAAAGAGACGUCAGAGGACUGUCAGAGCUGUCUGGAGUGUUCACGGGACAACGGUUGUGUUCGUUGCCCAGAGCGACUCUUCCUGUUUCUCCAGAGGAGGGGAAUAUCCCACCAUGGGACUUGUCUUCAUUUCUGUCCAACUGGACACUUUGGACAGAGAGGAAAGGAUCCCAACCGCUGCAUGAAAUGUCGCUCCUCGGACUGCGAGCAGUGCUUCAACCAGGACUUUUGCACCAAGUGUAAGCCUGGCUUCAGGUUGUAUAGAGGGAAGUGUCUGAUCCGCUGCCCAGAGGGAACCUUCACCCACCAAGCAGACUGCCUUGAGGAAUGUCCCCUGGCUUUGCUAGGAGAGUGGAGUGAAUGGAGCGUCUGCAGUCGUGACGGCACCACCUGUGGGUUCAGAUGGGGAAAGCAGACCAGGUUGAGGCCAAAAAUCCCAUCUGAAAGGACGUCUGAAGAAAAAGAGGCCCUGCUGUGUCCGACUGACAGCGAGACACAAAGAUGCAGAAUGAGGAAAAAAUGUCCCACAGAAAAGAGACGGAAUAAAAAAGGACUUGGAAGGAAGAAAGAGAAGAAACGACUACGGCAGCUCGCCAUCAGCAGCUCCUCCAACUCAACCACAGACUCACACAGAGAACCCUGAGGGUGGUUCUGGUACCAUAGAGAAGGUUCUUCAUCAGAAGCUGCAGCAGAACAGAAACGUUUAGCAAUAUUUAAAUCAACAAUUCACUUUUCACUCAUUCAGUCUAAACAGGAACUAGUUCUGCUCUGUAGUCACACCAACUGUUUAUGGUUGAGGUUUUUCUGCUCAUUCAGUUUCUGACUCUCUGGUUUCUUUUCUCCAGAGUACAAAAAAUAUAUAUAUAAUAAAGAAGCAAUUCUAAAUUGUUUUCAUCUGAUCUGAAUUCUGAUGUUGCACAAAAAAUGACUGAAAAUUUUAAGUUUUUCAGUUUAAUAUUUAUCCGAUUUUGAGACAAAACCAGAUUUUUGUUCCUCUCAGAAAAUGUUUAUAUUAAAACAAAACUCAAAUCAGCUGAUGGUUGUAAUUUCUGUUUGUUAAAACCUGGUUUGUGAUGUUUUUGUGUUGCAGCAGAAGGAAAAACGCCAUUUCCUUAUGCAUGUUGACACUUUUACAGAUGGUUCAAAUAAAGCUUUUGUCAAACAAGGUGA